GACUCAUCCAUUAAUGUGAAUGAAGUAUCAUCAGUACUAACACUCCAAUCAGUAGAUUAUAAUGACUUUGGAUACUAUGUUUGUAUUGCUACUCUUACCUCAGAUGAUGUUUAUGUUUUAUUUAAUAAUUCUAAUGUGACACUAAUGGACUAUCAUGCUAUAUCAUCUACUGCAACACUGACAGUAUCUCCUCAGGGUAGUAUACAAAUAUAUCCUGAUUACAUUGUAGCAUAUUUUGGUGACACUGUUGUAUUUAAUUGUACCAGUAGAGGUGGACCUAACAAUCAGUAUACAUGGUAUAGAGUAACGAGGAGUGGAAAUAUUACUGUUGGGCUAAUGAAUCAACUUGAAAUUGACAUUAAUUCUUUUGAACUAACUGCAGGAUAUUAUUGUAAUGUUACAAAUGAUGCUGGAUCAAGCAGUGCUUUGACAUUUCUUUAUGGUAUGUUAUCUGUCAGUAUUAUUCCAUCAACUGCCACAGUUCUUACUUUGGGUGAUUCAGUAACUUUAUCUUGUGUUGUCAAUCACAACAUUUCUAAUCCAAAUGACCUCUUAUAUGAAUGGCACAAUAACAAUUAUUUCUUUACAUUUGAUGAAAGUUCAUCCCUCACACUUAAUUACAGUGAUUACUCUUCUGUUGGCCAAGGAGGCAGUUAUACUUGUGUUUCAUACAAUUAUACAUUUAUCCUUUCAACUUAUGGUUUUUCUUCCCAAGUACCUGUAUUUUUUUCUCCAUCAUUUUCAGAGCAACCAGAUUCUGUCAUAUCAAGAUAUAAUGAUUCAGUAAGAUUAUCCUGUACUGCAUUUGGUUAUCCAGUUCCUGUGAUUGAAUGGAAACGAGUCAAUUCAUUAAAUACAAGUGACUUUAUUAAUAACAUUAUUGAACUACCUGAGAAUGCUUAUAACGAUACUGUUGCUGGUACCAAUAACAUCACAUCAACUCUUAUCAUUAAUGAGGUUCAAUAUGAGGACUUUGGCUAUUACAUGUGUGUGGCAAAGCUGCCUGUAUCUGAAGAUGAUGUUUCAAUGCCACAUUUACUAUCAAAUACUUCUAGUGUUGCAACAGUGACAGUUUCUCCUGAAGGAAGUGUUGUCCUAUCAUCAUAUCAGAUCAAUGCAUUCAUUCACCAGAACAUAUCAAUCAACUGUUCAAGCUCAGGUGGACCUAACAAUACUUAUCAAUGGCGACAGCAUACAGAUGAGUCUGGAAUCAUUAUCAGUAAUAGCUCUGACUUAGUAAUAUCAAAUGUAUCAGUGACUGAUGGAGGUAUGUAUACAUGUACAGUUGAAAAUGAAGCUGGAGAAGAGAAUAGUACAAUGGAGCUGAAUGUUGGUCCUACCUUUAAUGUUCAUCCUGUUAGCACCAAUAUAAGUAUUAACAGUGACCUGGUCCUGAUCUGUACUGCUUCUGGUAUACCCUUGCCUAUCAUUUCUUGGAUCUUUAACUCAUCCUUUGAGAGUGAGGCUACUCUCUCUACUUCUGAAUCAAUUAUAUCAUAUGGAGUUAUACAAAGUCAAUUAUUCAUUGAUGAUAUUGAGCUGUUUGAUUCCGGCAACUAUCAGUGUCAAGCCAGCAGUCCUGAAUAUUCUCCCAUUUUGAGUGACAUUGCAUCUAUCACUGUAAUUGUGUCUCCUAUUUUGGUGUCUGGGAUUGAAAACUCGACCAAGAAUUCAACUGACACCAUGAUAUUUACUUGUACAUUUUCUGGGUUUCCUAAACCAGAUAUUAUAUGGUACAGAUAUAGUAGUGAUGGUGGUAUGGCAGAUACACUGUCAAUCAGACCUGGAGAAGUCAACAUCAGUACUAAUGCUGUAACUGCAAUUGAUGGACAGUAUACUGUGGAAUCACAUUUGAGCUUAUAUGAUCUGGAGAAAUCUGACGAAGGAUUUUACGAGUGUCAUGUCGUUGAUUAUUACUUUGGAAAUGAUAACUCAUCUCUAGCUUAUUUGACUGUACAAGUUCCUCCUAAUAUUACAUCUAAUGACAGCAUUGUCACUGUAUCAGAAGGCCAUACUGCUGUGUUAACAAUCAUCAUUUCAGAUGCAUCUCCUCCAGUUUCUUCUGAACAAAUCGAAUGGAUUUUUACUAGUUUUAAUGGUAGUACUAGUGUCAUAGGCCCUACUGGGCAGUAUAAUUUUACACAAGACAGAACUGGCUUGAUACUAUCAAACGUUGACAGAAUGAACAGAGGCCAGUAUACUGCGAUCAUUAAUCAUCCAACUGGACUACAUUCAUUUAUGUUUCAGCUAUUUGUUACAGUUGCUCCUGAAUUUGUUAUGCAUCCAAUGUCAACUGUUGUGAAUGUGACAAGUGUUGCCCAACUGAGCUGUUCAGUCAGGAGCCACCCAGCAACCUGGUCAAUAGACUGGUACUUCCUAAACUCCAGUUACUACCAACUAUACAAUAAUACAGAAAUUGAUAUUACUUAUAGUCAUGCCAUUGAUUCCACUGAUGGUACAAGCAUUGUAUUAUCAACACUAACAAUCAACAAUGCAAGCAUUACUGAUGAUGGAAUAUACAUGUGUAGGGUUUCAUCUGCCUUACAAGCUAAUGCUACCAUAACAGUCCAAGCACCUCCUAUUGUUACAAGAGGUCCUAGUCCUAUCAUUGGCGUUGUUGGGUCUAAUAUCACUGUUCAGUUUAAUAUUACUGGAGAUAUACCUCCUGUCAAUUCUAGUGAUAUUUACUGGUCUAUCAAUGGGAGCAGCCUUAGAGUUAAUGAGAGGUUUAUGUUUUCUGCCGACAGGCUCUCACUCACUAUCAUUGAGCUAUCCUUUGAAGAUGAAGGAUCUUAUGAACUUACAGCUACUAAUCCUGCUGGCACCAGCAAUAAUGUCAUUUAUCUUGACAUUCAAGUUCCUCCAAUAAUUUAUAGUAGUAGUAGUGGAGUCAAUAGACGUCUUAAUGGAACAAAUAUUAGCUUUUAUUGUCGAGCUAGAGGAUUACCUUCUCCAGUCAUAACUUGGUAUUUUAAUGACAAUAUCAACAUCACACAAAAUACAUACUACUACUACUACUACUACGACUAUUACUACUAUGACUACUCAUAUAGUAGUAUAACAGUUACAGAUAUCACUUUACAAGAUGCUGGUUUGUAUACUUGCAUUGCAAGUAAUGUCCAUGGAACAGUUAAUGCUACUGCAACCCUCCAAGUCCAAGUUCCUCCAACUCUGAUUGACGAUGGCUUGCGUAAUAUCACCACAGCUGCUGGAGAUGAUGUAACAUUAUUUUGUAAUGCAACCGGCUACCCUCCACCCACAAUUGUUUGGUUUAAGAACAAUGUAGUUCUGUCAGAGGAGAGGGAACUAUCAGCUGACGGUGUUUUUAUUAACAACUUCACACAUGACACUACUUCAACUGCAUCAUACUUGUACAUACCAGGAGUAGAUAGAUCUGAUGAUGGUCUCUAUCACUGCCAGUCUUAUAAUGAUUUAGUGAGAGUCAUUACUGUAACAUCUAUGAAAGUUUCCCUACAAAUAUUAAAUCCUCCAAGUCUUAUUAAUGGAUUCAAUGAGACUAUCUACAAUACAUCAGAUACACUGGUACUCUAUUGCAUAUACUCCAGUUUUCCUUCAGCAAACAUUACAUGGCGUCGUGUCACAGUCUCAUUUAACACAAUGAUGAGCAUUGAAGUGGAUAAUAGAACUAGCAUUGAGUUUGUGUCUAGAAAUGAUAUACUAGAGUCAUUAAGUGGAAGUGGUGGGGGCUCUGGAACAAUUCUAAACUUGUAUGAUACUGCUUCAGACCUGUAUAAUAGCUAUGAGAGCUCUUAUGUACUACCAGUCUCAGUUUCUGUUCUUGCGAUUGAGAAUCUGAUCUAUGAAGAUGAAGGAAACUAUACAUGUCAUGCUAAUAAUAAUGUUGCUAAUUUGAUUGAUUCAGUGGUAUCCAACACAGCUUAUAUCACAGUACAAAGAGCACCUCUUGUGUUAGCAAAUCUAAGUUCUCCGGUUAUUGGUGUUAACGGUAGCUCAAUCACACUGAUAUUUACCAUCACUGAGGAUAAUCCUCCAGUGGCUCUUGAUGAGAUCCAGUGGCUGUUGAAUGGUACUGUAUUACCUGCUGGAAUCAGGAUCAGUUUCUCAAUGGACAGACGAUCAGUGACUAUCACUCAAUUACACGUACUACUGGAUGAAGGACUUUAUACACUAAUAGCAACCAAUCCUGCCGGGACUACCAGUGCAAGCAUAUUCCUUAACGUUCAAGUUCCACCUAUUGUUAUUGACAGUGAUGGAGCAGUGAAUGUACUUGAAAGAGCAAACGCAACCUUUUCAUGUCACAUAGCUUCAGAGCCAACCCACAUCACGCACUGGCUUUACAAUGACCAGCUACUAAGCAGCAACGAGAAACAUGUCAUCACUGGAAAUGGAACAAGAUUUGGUACACUCACAAUCACUGAUGCUCAAUACACUGAUCAAGGAGAAUAUACUUGCGUUGGUACAAAUGUACAUGGACAGAUUAAUGCAACAGGAACACUCUCUGUGCAAGUUUCUCCUGUGAUACAAGCUCAUCCUCGAACUCAAAAUAAAAUUGCUGGACAAAGUGUUACCUUUAUAUGCACUGUCACUGGCAAUCCCCUUCCUUCUAUAAACUGGACUCACUCAGGAGGUCUGGAUAGAGGGAGCAAUAUGACUCUGAUUACUCCUGGGAAUGCUACUUUUCUCCCAAUUGUUGAAAGCAGAUAUAUCAUUGAUGCCUUAGACUUACCUGAUGUAGGAAGAUAUUACUGUACUGCUGCUAAUACUCUAGUUGAUGAUUUGACUAGCAGCUCUAAUGAAGCUAACUUGACAUUAAAUUACCCUGCAAAUGUAACUGUAUCUCCUGCUAUACUGGUGAAGGAAUUUCAUGAGACUGGGAACUUUGUCUGUCGUGGAUUUGGUAUUGGUACUCCAGUACUAACUUGGUACAAGGACAAUAGUGAAAUAAUGGACUCGUCAAAGUUUAGACUAACUUCAAGAUACUUUGAUGAAAAUGGCUACAGAGCAUCUGAAUUGAAUCUGACUAUUUCAAAUACUGAUAGACCAGAUGAAGGAACAUAUGAGUGUAGAGGAGUCAAUAAUGUCACUAACCUGAUAGGAGCCACUGAUACCGCCAGUGGCAGAUUCUUAAUUGAAGCUCCACCAAAUGUAACGGCAGUAGAUACUAACAUCAUUGGUCUACGAAGAAAGAAUGUGACAUUGAGUUUCACAAUACUGAAUGCCGCUCCAUUAGUAGUUAGAGAAAACAUUUCAUGGCAGUUCAAAGACACUCAACAGAUUAUAACUGGUAAUUCACGUUAUGCAUUCUCAGAUGAUGGGCUGAGUCUGACUAUAUUGAAUUUGGUGUUUGAUGACGAGGGAGAAUAUGAAAUCACAACUAAGAAUAGGAACGGAAUGGACACUGCUAUAAUAGCAUUGACAGUUGAUGCUGAUCCAGUUAUCACGGUAGCCCCCACUGACAUGAAUGUAGUCAGUCAAAGAACCAUCACACUUGGAUGCAGUGCUACUGGCAAACCAACUCCAGUUAUAACCUGGUCAUUCAAUGGUAAUAGUAUCACUACUGGAUCUAAAUUUAAUCAAAGUCCAAGUGGUAGUUUAACAGCUCUAAUAGAGAGCAUUGCUGAUGAAGGAACUUAUCAAUGCACAGCCACCAAUAAACACAGCAGUAACAUGUCUUCAGCUCUUGUAUCAGUACAAGAUCCUCCACAUUUUACACAAGAUCCAUUAAGCUUGAAUGGAACUGCCUCACUAAACAGUACCUUUACUUGCUCUGUGAGGGGUCACCCAAUACCAGUUAUCUAUUGGCUCAAAGAUGACACUAUUAUUGACACUGAGAGUUUGGGCUCUGGCAUUAAAUAUGUCAUUGAGCCUUCAGUCAUAGAUGAGUACAAUAGGAGGAGUUCACUCACUAUUUAUGACUUGGAAUAUGAUGACAAUGGGAUUUAUCACUGCUUUGCUAAUAAUACACUCUUUGAAUAUAGAAUGGCAAACUCUAAUGUGUCUAUAUUUGGAGUCCACUAUCCUCCUGAUUUGAUAAUGAGUUUGGAAGAUUUGAUUAAAAACAAGUCGGACACUCUCACGCUACACUGUCAGUUUUCGGGGACACCAGCUCCCAGUAUAACAUGGUAUCGUAACAUAUCAACAUUUGAUGCUAGACUACGUACUGGUGGAAAGAUAUCCAUCAGGGAAGUGAAGUCUUUUAGGAAAACUGACUCUUAUCUUGAAGUUCGUGAUCUUGUAAAGGGAGAUGAGGGUACUUACACUUGCAUUGGAAGCAAUGGGAUUGGCAACUUUAUUGAUGCAGUGAACACCUCAAAAGCAUUUAUCACAAUAUAUGUCCCUGCAACCAUCUACCCCAUUGAAAUGAAGUACAGAGUUGUUGGUGUGAAGGAUUAUAAUUUUGACUUUGGUUUUGUCAUUGAGCAUGACUUCCCUCCCGUCAAGUUAAGUAACAUUCAAUGGCACUUCACUAAUCUUAGCAACAUGACUGUUAAUCUAAUGGACAAUACCACAGACCCUAUUCACUAUGGGUUCUCUGAUGAUUAUCAGACACUGUAUAUCACUGAUGUUGAGCUCUCUGAUCGUGGCUAUUACACUCUAACAGCUACCAAUGAAGCUGGAGUGAGGAGUUCUACCAUGUACUUAGAUGUUCACGUUCAACCAAAGCUAUUGAAUGAAACUGGUGGGUAUCUAUUAGUUAAUACUACCGAGUCUCCUGAAAUGCGUAUACUAAACUGUUCAGCUGACGGGAUUCCAGCCCCUAACAUUCUCUGGAGACGCAACGGUCAGCUGGUUCUUAAUAGCACACGUGUUUCUAUAGUCGUGUCACCUGUGCCUGAUUCGGAAAGAAAUAUACGUGUGUCUUCCAUACCUGACAUCAAACAAGUGUACAGCUCGAUCACUAUCAGCAACUUAAGGGAGACAGAUAAUGGAGAUUACACUUGCAGGGCUGAUAAUUCAGCUGGAAUGGCAGAUAUUUUAAACACUCCCUAUCAACUGAAUGUCACAUAUUUACCUCCACCUAAAUUCUGUGAAGUAAACAGGGAGCGGCUAUCACAGAUAUGUCUUAAUGGUGGGACGUGUGUGGAUCUCACUGGUGGAAGAUUCGAAUGCCGUUGUACUGAGAGAUACACUGGGCAGUUCUGUGGAGAAGAGGUUGUAAUCGAGAUCCCACCAAGUAAACCAAGAGUUGAAGCAUCAGUUGGACUUGAGAGGAAAACCUACUCUCUUUUGCCACCUUAUAAUGCAACAGGGAGAUUCUUUGAACCACUAAACCUCACUUGUUCUUCAUCGGGAAACCCUCAGCCAACAAUAACUUGGUUCAAGUAUGGAAAUGUUUACUAUAACUUGUCAAGGACAAUCGAGUUCCCUGAGCUUAAUCUGACUAACAGAGGAUAUUACAAGUGUGUUGCUGAGAACAGGCAGGGUUUAUUUGAAAGUGAAUCCUUCAUUGUCAAUGUAUCUGGUAUUGCUCAGUAUAAAAUGGACAUCAAUAUUAGUGAUAUUGACAAUGCUAUUGAUCUUCAAAACCUUAUUAAUGAGAUCAGCAGUGAAGUUGCUGGAGGGAAAUUACCUGGAACUAAUGGAACAUUUGUCUCUGUCGUUCAAAGGACAAACACAUCUGAAGCACUGAGGAAUAAAAAUUUGACCGUGUUGAUCACCAUCUUGAUUGAUCACAGUGAUUCUAAUACUCGUGCUUUGCUCCAGACCUACAUGAAAAGCCUUGAAACUAAUUUCAUUGUUGAUGAUGAAACCAUUGUACGAUUUGAUGGUUGCUCAGCUAGUCAAACAGUUCUGCCUAGCCCUGUUACCACUGAAGAUCUGUCACUAACAUUGCAAUGGCCAGAAACUAAUUUAGGAGACACAGCAGUAAUAGAGUGUCCUUGUGGUGGCCUUGACUUAAAUUCAAGUGGCCUCAUUGCAACACGUCGGUGUGGUGGUAACUAUGAUGAUGGAGCUAUGUGGGAAAACUCCAAUGAUAUAAGAUGCGACUUUAGCAUAGUAACAAGAAAGAUUUGCAGACUAGCAGAAAGACCAGCAGAUGAGAAAGUUGAGGAGCUAAUAUCCCUCACAAAUAACACAGAAAUGUUUGAAACUGCUGAAGUAACUGCAUCAGUUGCUGUACUGGUUACUGCCACUGAAGAUGUAGCUGGAAACAAAUCACUAACCGAAAACUUUCUUGGAGUUGUAGAUAAUUUAGUUUCAGCCAAUGAGGAAGUACUCAUGAAGAGUAACACAGAAGCUAGAACAAGUUCAAAGCUACUUGGGUCUAUUGAGGUUCUAAGUGAAGCACUCCCAGCUGAGGUUGGGGGAGAACCUGUUGUCAUCACUCAGACCUCUUUUGCUAUCUCGGUCCAAGAAGUUGAGGUCGAAACUUUUAAAGGUCAAACUAUAUCUGCUAACGGGGUUAAUCUCGAUUUCAACAACAGCGAAACUGCCGCAACCAAACCAGCUGUCUCGCUGGAACUGCCUAGUAACCUUUUCCGAGUAUCAACAGGGAAUUCAACUCGUAUCACAAACUCAGUAUUCUUAAACGACUUGUUAUAUUUAAGACGCAAUCCAAAAGGCUUAAACGUAAGUGGUAUAAUAAUUUCAGCCGGUCUUGCUGGAGUAGACCGUGUGUAUAAUCUGACCAAUCCUACAGUUAAUCUGCAGUUCCAACGAAAUAUAACCGGUAGAGAUCCACGUUGUACAUUUUGGGAUGCAUCUCUUGACGAGGGUUUUGGCGAUUGGUCGACUGAUGGUUGUGUCGUUAAUGAGACUUUUGGCUUAAAUGAAUCUCGUACUCUCUGUCACUGUAAUCAUCUCACAAGCUUUAGUGUCCUACUGGAUGUUUCUCCUGAAGUUGGUGAAACUCCACCGCAAAGAGUUAUUGACAAAGCACUCUCUGCCGUUACAUACAUUGGUAUCAUCAUUUCAAUAUUUUGUCUGGUCAUCACUGUAGUGUCUUAUGGCUCAAACAAGAAACUACGUAGCUCUGAUCACGGACAACUGCUCCUUCACUUGUGUUGUUCAUUCAUUGGAAUGUAUUUAUUCUUUAUAUUUGCCAUUCACAGUACAGCUAUACCUGAACUCUGUGCUGUCGUUGCUGUCAUCUUACAAUACUUCUUCCUUGUGACAUUUAUGCUGAUGGCAGCCGAAGCUAUUAACUUGUACUUGAAGCUAGUGGUCGUUUUAGGUGACACGAUUUCUCAUUUUGUCCUCAAAGCAUCCACAAUAAGCUGGAUAUUGCCCCUAUUCAUUUGUCUGUUCUGCUUUGCUCCUGACUAUUACAACUACCAUAAGCCACACUUCUGUCGUGCUUUUGACUUACCAUUUUAUCUCGGGAUGAUCGCCCCUUUUGUCAUCAUUUACAUAUUCAACUGGAGCGUCUUUGCAAUCAUUUUCAUAUCGCUCCUACGCAAAAGCUGCAGCAAGAACCUAAAGGAGGCAAAAGAGACAUCGAAAAUGGUAAAAGCCGAACUCAAGAAGCAAUUCUUUGUUGCAGUGACCCUUUCAAUAUUGCUUGGAUUGGGAUGGGGGGUUGGUCUGCCAGCUACACAGUCUUUCUUUCAAGCUGGUGCAGCUCGUGAUGUGUUUGCAGCAUUCUUUGUUCUAUUGACUGCCUUCCAAGGUCUCUUCAUCUUCAUAAUGCACUGCCUGAGAUCCCCUGAUAUACGAAAGGUUUGGGCUGGCUGGUUUAAACUGGCAACUGGAAAGGAGGUCCCCGACUUUUCGUCAAGCGUCAUCACAAAUAAAGCAAAGAAGAACACUGAUAGCUAUAUUGAUAGGAAGAAGAGGUUCAAUCGUAACAAGAAUCUUUCAACAUCUGAAGCUUCUAAUGAAUUUGCAUACCAUUCCAGCCAAGGUACGCUCCAGCGCUAUGUACAAAGGGAAGGACUCCUUGACAGAAUGGGUACUCUGGAACGCUUUGGACAAGGAGAAGGUGAUUUACCAUUAGCAAUAUUAGAAGAAGAGGAAGGUCCCCUGCCAGUGAUUGAGAAUAGGUACAAUGAAGAUGAGGAGUCUAGUUCUGACGAGUUAGAACAUGGUUUAAAAACUUUCCAAUUGCCGGAAGGAGUCCUAGAAGGUGUCUUCACUUACGAUGGUUUGUUAGACAGUGCAUCAGUUGGUGGUUUGACUGUUGCCUCAGAGGACGGUAAAGGAUGCACUGUAUUUGAGAAUCCAAUGGAACUGAAGCUGCUUGAUCCUUUUGAUCAAUUAUCUACUUCAGCGUCGCAUCAUAGCAUUGCGUCAACUGAUUUCUUUCAAGAUAAUUCACAGACUGUCUUCAAGAAUCCUAUGGAUGAUUUCUGAGAAACUUAUUUUACUUUUUUAUAUUUUUUUAAAUGCUAUUUAACAUUAAUUUUUUGCAUUGUAUUGUUGUUGUUGUUAAUAAAAUAGUACAUUUUUAACCAUAA